UGAUGGCGUCAAAUGGGCAGAAAUGAGCUUAUUAUCAAUGGCCGGAGGAAGUGCGUUCUCUGUAGUGUGUGAUUCAAGAUUAGAUCAUUUGUAUGAAUUAUUCCUAGCCCUCAUCGCCUUGACUGUGGUGAACUAUAUGCAAGUCAGUGGCGAAAGUUUACUUGACGUCCACGAAUUCGAACACGUCCACUGCUGCUGCUGCUGCUGCUGCUGCAGUUGCCACGGCAAAUUUUUUGCGACAUCAAAAACUACUUGUACCAGAGUACCCCACGUCGCAGCCAAAACGAGAGUAAAGAGUGGAAGAAAUUUCGUCUGCGUGAAACUCGCGGCUAAUGGAAAUCUAUGUGUAAAAAGAGGAAAUGGUUCACCACUAGGAGAAACAAGAUAUAAUAUUUUUUGUAGUUUCGAUGUGAGUAAGGAAUUUUGUCGAGAGCCACCAUUGAAAAGGAACGAAAUCGUCGGCAAAUUGUAUUUGUAUUUCAUGUGCCUAUGAUGAACUUCAAUUGAAGCAAAUAAUUAAAUGUGGCAGAGUCGCUGUGCACUUACCCGCGAUUUGCAGUUCGUACGGAAGGAAACAAAAUCGUAACUUUUUAGGCCCUUUUGUGGAAACGCAGUUGCACAAAAACAAAGUACCAGAAGGAGGAAGUGUUUCUUUGUGGUAGUGUAGGAUAGCAAUGAUUCGGAAGAAGCAAUUUAAGCAAUAAAGAGGCAGACCGGUUAAAGCGCAGCUUGCUACGAGAGCUCUGUGUGAAAACAGUGCUUAUACAAAGAAGAUAUCUAAUAUAGUGAAGAAAACAUAAACCACAGCGGCGGCAGGAUGGGCAAUCGUGAUGAUGAAUAUGAUUAUUUAUUCAAAGUUGUACUGAUCGGAGACUCGGGAGUCGGAAAAAGUAACCUGCUAUCGAGAUUUACUAGGAAUGAGUUUAAUCUUGAAUCUAAAUCAACCAUAGGUGUGGAAUUUGCUACUAGAAGUAUAGAGGUCGAUGGUAAAACUAUUAAGGCCCAGAUCUGGGAUACUGCUGGACAGGAGCGCUAUCGUGCGAUAACUUCAGCGUACUAUCGUGGUGCUGUGGGGGCUUUGCUCGUGUACGACAUUGCGAAGCAUUUGACCUACGAGAACGUCGAACGAUGGCUUCGGGAGCUGCGUGAUCAUGCUGAUCAAAAUAUUGUCAUCAUGCUUGUUGGAAACAAGAGUGAUUUACGGCAUCUGCGUGCCGUACCUACGGAUGAGGCGAAGGGUUUCGCAGAACGCAACGGGCUCAGCUUCAUUGAAACGUCAGCGUUGGACUCGACUAAUGUCGAAACAGCAUUCCAAAACAUACUCACAGAGAUCUACCGAAUUGUGUCGCAAAAGCAAAUCCGAGAUCCGCCAGAAGGCAGCGUAAUUAGACCGAACUUGGAAAACAUCGACGUGAAGCCGACCAAUCCGACGACUGAUUCCGUGCGAAAACAAUGCUGCCAGUGACCGCCGCAAUCCGAAGAGACGUCCGUUCAUGAUGCUGUGUAUUCAGUAAUAACAUCAUCCAGCACUACUAUUUCUAUUACAACUACAGAUAGUACUGCAAGCACUACUACUGCUACCGCCACCACGGUUACUACUGCAUCUAAUAUUACAGAAAAAGCUAAAAUUAAUUACAAUAUUGCUCCAAAUGAACCUAUUACUACUACCACUACUACUACAACUACCACCACCGCCACGGCAAAGAAGGCAUCAAACAUGGGCACCAUCCACAAUGGCAUUAAUUCUAAUAUAGGUGAUUGCUUCAACAUUGAGAUUUCCAGCUUCCAUAGAAAGAAGCCACCGACAGUUGAUGGUAACAAUUACGCUGGAAUGCUUUUAAUUUGAAGCAUAAUUGUGCGUGUGUGUGUGUGCCAAUAUGCUGGAGCAUUCCUUUCCUUUUUGGCUACAUCAUUACCCGGUGCAUGAUGGAAGUGUGUCACACUGUAGUGCAUUUUUAUAGAGACAAAAUUAAGCAACAGUAAAGAAGAAGAGUUGAUUAUGUGUGCUUGUUUUUUCUACUUAUUCCAUUGUUUUUUUUUAUUAAUGCAACGUUUGAUUGUCUUAGAGCAUGGAGAUUCUGGAAAUAAAAAAAAAUAUAUAGCGCUUUUUAUUCCAUAGAUGCGACAAAGUGAACAGUAAAGCUAUGCCAAAACACUGUGGACACUUCGUUUACUGUUACACACAUGAGUGUGUUUCACACAUUUCAGAAUGCAUGAAUGAUAAAAAUCUGCCUACGACAUUAGAGCGGUGUUGUAAGAACAAACAAGAAUAUGCAUAACAUAAAAAAUAUGUGAUGAGUUUUAAUCUCUCUUUUGCAAACGGAGAGGAGAGUUAUGAAAGUGAACAACAAUUAACAAUAGAACAAUGUUUUCUCUAAAAUAUUGAUGAAGUGUAUCAAAUCAUGUAUAUGACAUAUAAGGGAAUCAAAUACAUGUUUCAACAGAAUACCAGAAAAA